AUGGAGGACUGUGAGUCUGGAUCAACAGGCUGUGGUGACUGUGUUGGUUUACAGGAGCUGCAGAUAUCAGUGAAAGGGUGUUGGGCGCAGAGAGUUGCAGGAAAAAUAGAAAAUAGACUGAUUCAGAUAAACAUUGCAGAGGAAGUGGAAGAGUGCUGGGUGCAGGAGUUGCAGAGGAAGUGGAAGAGUGCUGUGUGCAGGAGAUGCAGAGGAAGUGGAAGAGUGCUGUGUGCAGGAGAUGCAGAGGAAGUGGAAGA